AUGGCUCUGGGAGCUCAGUCUGAAACAAAACAAGCCUUCCUGCUGAGCCUGGCCAGUGUACAUCCUGAUACAGGCAAGAUAAUUCCUGCUUUCUUCAGACCUCCAGCUUUCUUGCCUGUAACUCUUCCAUUGGUCAUUUCUUCAUCGCUUCAGCUGCAGGCAAAACAAAUUUUUCUUUGUCAGUUUGCAUUUCAUGCAUACACCACAGGAUUUACCCUAUUAAAUGGAAAUUUUACCACUAAGGAUGAAGAGAACUCGCUUCACCAAAAGCAAAUCUUGUUUGGUGUGGGAGCCGUUUCCUAUGCAGCACUUUUGGGUGUAUGCUUUUCCUUUUUCUUUAUGGACCGGUACACGUUGAAGAGCCCAGUAACACAUCUAGUUGUCAAAAGGCUUCUACCUGCUCCUCUUUUAGGCUUGAUGAGUGCUUUUACUGUGGUAGCAGUGAGAAGCCCAGAAUUUGAGAAUGGAAUUGAAGUGAUGGACAGGAAUGGCAAGGUUGUAGGAGUGUCAAAGAAGGCUGGUGAGAAGGCUGUUAGAGAAACAGCAUUAUCAAGAGGAAUCUUGUUUGGGACAACAUUCUUCCUGCCAGCUGCACUUAUGCACUUUGUGGAAAGAGUGAACACUGCAAGAACUCCACGUGCUUUGGCUUCAACAAGGCUGCUUCUGAUUACGGCAGUACUGGCAGGGAUGCUACCAACUUCAUUUGGCAUGUUCCCCCAGUGUGGUGAGAUAAAACGAGAAGAACUUGAAGCAGAAAUUCUGUCUUCUACAGAAGAAACAGUAUUAUUCUACAAUAGAGGAGUUUAGAGAUUGGCUUUUGUAUCUAAAUGUGGGUUCUGAUUGAAGUGAAUUCUGAAUCUCUCAACAAAUUCAGUCGACAUCAGUGACUGAACAAAUCAUGAAUUUGUGGUGGCACAUAAAGCAGAUGCUGUGGUGUACAGCUAGCAAAAUGGUUUUGCAAGCCCUAUCCCCCAGAGAGGUUAUGCACACGUAACUUAAUGCUGUAAACGUUAUCUGUACCAGAGAACAUUGUUCUACCACAGUGUUCACCUCAAACUGUGUUUUGUAUGCUUCCUCACACAAUUGAUUUCUUGAUUAAAAGACUAAUCAUUUGAUACCAGA